GGCGCUACGGAUGCAGUCAACAAUUCAAUAUGGCGCCGUCUUGUUUGGGUGAUUUUGUUUUCCCGUUACAAUAUUUCUGAUUGCGUCGUUGCCUUUCCGUGCAAGCCGCUGCUGUUCACUGCAUCGCAAUUUCAACGAUGAUACUAUGAGAGUAAAGUGAAAGCUUUCCGAAGCGACUGCAAUCCCGCAAUCAUGGCGAAUAGAAAAGACCCCAAGGAAUCUCUAAGCGCUUUAGAAAAGAAGUUGAUGACGAACCUGUUUGAAAACGGGAAGGCAUCCGUGUUUUCCAAGCCGCUUACGAGCCAGAAGAGUUUUACACCGAAAUGUGCGCCGUCAUCGAAUUCUACUCAAGUUCAGCACAUGCACAAACUACCAAGGUUCCCUGCCUGGUGCCACUGUGCGUACGUGCCUGCACAUUACCGCAACAUAGAAAAGCUUGUUUCUGGUCCCGGCGGUAUCGACGGACAGUGUGUGUCGUCACUCUUACUGUCGUCAGGUCUUCCAAAUCCAGUGCUGGGAAAAAUAUGGGAGCUAUGCAGCAGAACAAUCUCGGGGUCGUUCACGCAGCAGGAGCUGUACGCAGCCCUGGCUCUUGUUGCAGUCGUUCAGGCCGGUUACCCGCCAGCACUGGAGGUUCUGUUCCAGCUACCCCAACCUCCACUUCCAGCCUUUCUACAGCAACAGCCCAUAAGCUCUACCACUGUGUCACCCGCGCAUUGCACUCCUGACACCACCACUACAUGGCGCCACUAUCCCGUGCCUCCAAACAUGCAUCCUCCCCCGGUCAGCCUUCCGCAGGACCCUCAGCGUGCAACACUGACGCAGGCUUCCACUUUCGGUGGCCCGCAGAAGAAUACAACGAGACAUCCCGCUGCAUUUGUUCCUUCAGCGACUGCAUGUCAGAGUUCGACCUCGUUGGUAGACACGCCCUCGUCCACAACGAAGGUCGAAACUUCGUACCCGCAGCCGCAGUUCGCGGACGCUCCUCCGAGACCUGCAGUUUGGUGUAGUGAAGUGACAAAACCUGAUCCUGCGUGCGGUGUUCAACCAGUUCGGCUUGAUACAAGUGUACUUAUGCCAUCCGUAUCCGGUCAAGGUUCAAGUCUUGCUUCUCAGGACUCCAAGAUUGGCAACUUUGAUGAUUUUGCUGAUGACUUUGAUGACUUCAUGUCAGCCACCACCACCGCUACCACAUCAACUACGAACGACAGCAAGGACCCUUUUGAAACGGGGAAUUUUGUGACUGAUCCAAGAGAGGCAGGAGAUUUCGGAGGAAGCCUCCCGGACACAAAAGGGGGAACUAAUGUUGUGAUGCCUUCAGGAGACAGUUUAGCCAUAGAUUUUAAGGGACUGGGUGUUGCCCCAACGGAAUCGAAUUCUUUAUCAGCCUUAACCAACCUAGAUGUCAAGUGUGUGUCUUCCAAGAAACCGAGGUCUUCCUUGCCUAAAACGGGAAAGUUGACGGUGAAGAACAUGGCAAACUCAAAACCAUUCCAGUUCAAGAUCGACAUCUCGGCGAUUACGUCGAAGAAGAUCGACACCACAAAGCCGUCCGAAGCGAAAGUGAACGAUGCAGAAAAGGCGGGAGUUCCUGAGGAUUUCUGUGACUUUCCUGGUGGCGCGGUACCUCCGCCUGUUGAAGACGACUUUGCUGACUUUCAGCAGGCGUUUCCCGACACAAGGGUCGCGGAAGAUGAGGGUGUUGCGAAGUGCACGGAGGAUAGGUACAGUGUGUUUAAAGAAUUAGCAAAUGAUACCAUGAUACAAUGGAGUGAACCAGCGGGCGAAGAUAAGGAUAAGGACGACUGGCCCGCUGGAGCAAACAGCGAUGCUUCACAGACUGGUGCUGUAACAGUUCAAGGUGGUCUUUUCGCCGAAACAGACGACAACGACGAGGACUUUGGCGACUUCUGCCAUGUCAUUGUCCCUCCUCCUGUUUCACCAGCUCAGAGUACACCGAUGAGGUCUACUGAAGAGCCGGACUUUUUCGAAAUUUCUAGUCACACCCCUGAGCAGGUCCGGAGAAGCAAUCCGUCCCAGGACACCCUCUCUCUCGGUGACCGACUCUCCGUGUACAGCCUAGAGCUUGGGGGACGUAAUGGGUCGUCGCCAAGCCAUCACGGCUCGGUGCUCAGCUUGGAAUUCAGAAUGGGAAACAGCGACGGGACAGACGACGACGAAAGUCCCCGGAUGGGAUCAGACGACGGGGGCGGUGUUUCGGCUUCUGCUGAUGAAACGGCUUCUGUGGAUAUACCGUCUGACACACUAGAAGAAACCAGUCACUUCCAGGCCUGCCAACCUGCCCUUGUCCUAGACAAAUAUAGCUUUAUACGCGAGGUUAACCAACAACCUACCGAGGAAGGUGAUUGCGUUGACAAGUGGAUUUGCUGUCUACGAGGCAUUCUGGAAAUAAUACAAAGAGCAAAUUCUUUCUUUGGACGUGAAUCCAGCAGUCAGGUCUGCCGAGAGGCGCUCGAAACGGAGGAAGGAGCAAAUUAUGUGAAAAAUAUAACGGAGGUCUAUAAAGUUUGCCAGAGGAUUAAACUGUCCUCUAAACUCACUGGAAAGCAGUCGGAAACGUUGGAGAAGCUCUGCUUAGAUAUCCAGUCUAUAUGGGAGGACGUCGCGUCCUUCCUGGAGAACUCUUGCCUUUUUUCGAUACCAGUGUUGCCGGAGGUCGACACAAAAUGGAUGCCGAACCUGGACGACUCUUCCAAGGCAUGCGGCAUCUGUUUACUGCACGUGGACAAUCCAGAAAUGAUGACGUCGAAGUUGACGUACGGCGCGCGCCAAUAUCACGCGCCUUGUGCCAACCUAUGGGUGAAUUGCAUCAACUCGCUCUUGCCAGCCAUUCCAUAUCCAGACUUGCUCUAGGGGUUGCAAGAAAAAAAACAAAAAAGAGAUGGGUUGUUAUAUAUAGAUGUGUCUUGCCACUUACAUUCUUUUAAAAUUUAUUCUGCCAUACGGCCGAAGCAACCCGACAAAAUGUACUUUGAGUGAUAGGGCACGAGACUUAUGCAUAUAGUUUUUUUGCAAGCAAUUUCGAAGUGGCACGAAUCAGAGUGCCACGUUAACAUUCCAUGUAUAGGUACACGUUUAUGUACUAGUAGAGCGAUGAUACAAUUGUGCAGUGCGUAAGCGUGGGUGAAUGAUACCCUCCGGAACAGGAAAAAGAAAAAGUUGUACAUAGGCUCGAAGUAGCGUAAAUAUUUUACCGGUCUACGUGCCGAAUAUUACAAACGUGGUUCCGCACUGCAUGUACCGAUAUGUAUUUCUUAUCUGCCCCAGUUUACGGUGAUCUAACAUUAUUUAUCAGUUGCAUCAUGGACGGUGUGGAUAGAAACCCUAGCAGAGUUUUAAAAUAAAGAGGAAAGCAUUAUUGAAACAUUG